AUGUCCUGUAAUUCUCUUAUUAAUCCUGAAAGUACGACGACAACUGAUACUGCUGCUCCGCCAGCUGACGCAACUCCAGCCGCCCCAGCUACUGUUCCUCCAGCUGGUGCCACUCCAUCCACUCCAGCUGGCGCCGCUCCAGCUGGUGCAACUGGCGCUUCUCCAACUGGCCCUCCUCCAACUGGCGCUUCUCCAGCUGGCGCUUCUCCAGCUGCUAAAAGUCCCGCUGGUACUGCAGCUGCUACCUCUAGUGCCGCUGCUAAAUCCACAACAUCCCCAAGUGCAUCAGGCGCUGUUUCAAGAAUUCACGUUAACAACGUUGAAUUAAUUAUUGGAUCUUUAAUUGUUUUAUUCGUUGGUGGUUUAUUAUAUUAA